AUUUCAACAAUUAACCAUUAAUCAAAAACACUACAGUGAAUCAUAGACCUUAAUGUAAAUUACUUCAUUGGAUUAAAUUUAGCUACAACAAAUUUCAAACUCCAUGAUGUUGCAUCUCAAUAAACACUUACACAACUCGUGUAUAGAAUUACAAGCACCAUAUAAAUUACUACCUUCUAUUUAUAGCUUUGUAAUAAUUUGAAAAUUUUAUAAAUAAACCUUUAAUUGGUAAAAACCCAAAGUUGUUGACAGUUUGUUAAUGAUAAGAGGAAGUGGAGAAGUGGCACUACUUAAAAUAAACAAAACAAAAAACAAAAAUAGUUCAAAAUUGAUUGAGAAAAAAGUAGGAGAAGCGCAAAAUCCGUGGGGUUCCAGGCUUGCACUCUAAACUUCCAGACGAGAAGUCGUUGAGGAGAAGUAAUGGGUUUGCUUGAAAGCCAACCGAAUCUCACUCCCUUUCCUCCCCUCCUCACACUUACCAUUUCUUCUUCUUUCUCUCUCCAAAUUUCCAACUGUACUCUCUUUCUUCAUUAUUAUAUUCUAUAUACUACGCCGUCUAUUUUUAUAUAAAUACUUCUCCUGUCCUAAGCUUCUUAUAUUAUUCUCUCCAAGUGUCUGGACUCGAUCUAGAUUGAAUCCUGUCUACAUCAUUAAUUAUUCUCUCCCAAGGCGAGAAAGAAAAGAAAAGAAAAAUAUUCUAUUUUGGAGUAUAAACUUACAUCAUAAAUUCACGGUUAUUGAUCAGUUCACAUUAUAAUCCUCAAAACAAAAACAAAACGCCUUUUGCACCCUACCCUUUUUCUUUCCUUUGGUUUCUCUACUUAUAGCCUAACUCGCCUCUUCUUCUAACCAUUAAUUCACUUACUCUUUUCUCUUUCAAUUUUUUUUCCUUCUCUCUCUAAAAUAAGCCCAUCAUUUUCUCUACAAUUAUUCUACUUCUUUGGAUUGAUUGAAAUUGGUGGCGGAGAAUUGAACAAACUUUGUUGAUUACUAAUUAAGUGGAGCAUGGUUGCCCAUCAACAAGAAGCCAUUGUUGGAGACAACAACGUCGUCGUCGUCGGUGAGAAGGAUAACAUGAUCAAUAAUCAUACAAACAAUAUGAUGAUGAUGAUUAAGGGUAAGAGGACUAAGCGGCCGAGGCCGUUGUCUCCUUUAGCCUUGACCAUGUCUUCAGCCACCACCACCGACGAAGGAGGUGCUAAUUCUGCUACGUCCGAGGAGUGGGCGGCUCCUGUUUCCGCCCCUUCGUCUGAGGAGGAAGAAGACAUGGCUCAUUGCUUGAUCCUUCUCGCUCAAGGGUCCAACAACAAUAAUAAUACAAGCACCAACCAUAAGAGUAACAAUGGAAUUACGACGUCAUCUUACGAAUGCAAGACAUGUAACAAAACAUUUUCCUCAUUUCAAGCACUAGGAGGUCAUAGAGCUAGCCACAAAAAGCCUAAAACGAGUAACGUAGUCGCGUUAUCCGAGCUCAAGAAAUCCUCCUCCGUUAUUUUCUCCCUUAUAAACAACGACGACAACCACCACCACCACCACGGCCUCAAGCAAUACGAUCACCACUUCAACGACGAUGGCACGACACUCUCGUUACAAAUUGCCAACUCUUCCCUUGGUACAAGUAGUACUAAUAAUAAUACUAAUACUAAUAAAGCGAAGGUGCACGAAUGUGGCAUAUGUGGCGCGGAGUUCUCCUCAGGACAAGCCUUAGGUGGUCACAUGAGACGGCACAGGCCAAUUGGAACGACAUCAACGACAACCAUCCCUAGCCCGUCAAGAAGCGUUACACUAGCCAAUAGCAAUGUCAAGGAUGAGAAGAUGACGCGAAAUCUCUUGUCCUUAGACCUUAACCUUCCGGCUCCAGAAGACGAACACCACCACCACCACCAACACCAACAAAGGGAAUCAUCCUCGAAGUUCGUGUUCUCGUCUAAUGAGAAAACAUUGGUGUUCACCGCCGCUUCGCAGCUGGUGGAUUGUCAUUAUUGAUCAUUAUUGGAAACUAAGGGAAAUCUUACUUUAGCCAGACAAUUUUUUUUUAACUUUUUUAUAUUAUACUUGUGAAUUCAUUAGAUACACACAAUUCAAUUGUUCUUAAUUCAACAUUAUAAUUGUUCAUUGAUCAACUCAUUAUGAUUCUUUGUAUUUAUUCAAAUUGCUGACAUUAUAUGAAAAAAAAAGUUCAUUCUUUUGUAUCAAUUUCGAUCUUGAAAUUUGGUAAAACAAACCAAAAAAGUGGCAUAAAUGUUUAUAUUCCUUAUUUAUUCUGUAAGCAAUGUGUAGGAAGCAAGUACAAGCAAAUUAGUUGUUGUUUUUUUUUUUUUUGCUUUGUUUUUAGUUUCCUUUAUGUUUUAUCUUUAGAAGUGAAUAAGUGAACUAGCAAAUUUUAGUUGUCAAGUUAUUAGACUAUAAUACGUUGUUAUUACUCAUAAUGUACAAGAUUUAU